AUGCCCCCCGCGCCCGAUGGCAAAAUCUAUUCGGCAACCUACAGUAAUGUUCCCGUCUACGAGUGCAAUGUCAACGGCAACCAUGUCAUGCGCCGUCGCGCCGACGACUGGAUCAACGCCACUCACAUCCUCAAGGUAGCCGACUACGACAAGCCUGCGCGUACCCGUAUCCUUGAGCGCGAAGUCCAGAAGGGCGUGCACGAGAAGGUCCAAGGUGGAUAUGGUAAAUACCAAGGCACAUGGAUACCCCUCGAGGAGGGGCGACAUCUGGCAGAGCGGAAUGGUGUGCUGGACAAGAUGCGCGCCAUCUUCGACUACGUCCCCGGUGACCGGAGCCCUCCACCUGCGCCCAAGCAUGCGACAGCUGCCUCAAAUCGCAUGAAGCCUCCAAAGCAAACCGCUGCGGCUGCUGCUGCCGCGGCCCGGAAUGCCUUUGUAACUACAUCCGCGCAGUCUCAAGUUAGCGAAGAGCCCUACGAGGCCUCUCAGAUCAGAUCGCAGAUCUUCCGCGAGGAGACGCCGGAUAACGAGACUGUCAUUUCGGAAUCCAUGUUGGGUGACGCCGAUAUGCUGGAUUCUUACUCAACGGGCGGAGGCAGAAAGCGCAAGCGGGGGAUUGACCAGAUGUCUCUUCUGGAUCAGCAGCAUCAAAUAUGGGCCGAUCAGCUACUGGACUACUUCAUGUUGCUAGACCACGAAUCCGCCGUCUCCUGGCCCGAACCACCGCAGAGCAUAAACCUCGACCGGCCGAUCGAUGAGAAGGGACACGCAGCCAUGCACUGGGCAGCGGCGAUGGGUGAUGUUGGGGUAGUAAAGGAGCUGAUACACCGAGGAGCACGCAUCGAUUGCCUGUCGAACAACCUGGAGACACCCCUAAUGCGCGCCGUCAUGUUCACGAACAACUUCGACAAGGAGACUAUGCCCAGCAUGGUCAAGAUCUUUCAGCAGACGGUUCAUAGGACAGACUGGUUUGGCAGUACCGUCUUCCAUCACAUCGCGGCGACCACCAGCAGCUCGAACAAGUACGUUUGCGCAAGAUGGUAUCUUGACUGCAUCAUCAACAAACUCUCAGAAACCUGGAUACCAGAAGAGGUUACUAGGUUACUUAAUGCAGCAGACCAGAACGGAGACACAGCCAUCAUGAUUGCUGCGCGAAACGGCGCGAGGAAAUGCGUACGAAGUCUGUUGGGACGCAACGUCACAGUCGACAUUCCUAACAAAAAGGGUGAGACGGCAGACGAUCUUAUUCGAGAGCUCAAUCAACGACGACGAAUGCAUGGACGCACGAGGCAAGCUUCAUCGUCACCGUUCGCUCCACCACCAGAACACCGACUCAACGGACAUGUACCGCAUCUAGAUGGAGGACCACUGAUUCCAGUACCAUUCCCCAGCAUGGCUGUUCGAGAACCUGUUCAGUACCGCUCACAGACGGCCUCACAUCUCAUGACCAAAGUCGCGCCAACACUACUGGAGAAAUGCGAAGAGCUAGCUGCAGCAUAUGAGACGGAACUUCAGGAGAAGGAGGCUGAAUCCUUCGACGCAGAACGUGUGGUGAAGCGACGCCAAGCCGAGCUUGAAGCCGUACGAAAACAAGUAGCUGAGUUACAGGGCACAUCAAAUGGCCUACACAUUGACCUCGACGACGACGAAGCAGACCGGCUGCAAGAAGAGGAACUGCGGUUACUGGUGGAAGAAGCCGAGUCGCUCCUAGAGAUUGAACAAAAGGCCGAGCUCCGUCGACUGUGCAGUAGCAUGCCGCAACAGAAUGCCGACAACUCGCCUGUGGAUGUCACGGAAAAGAUGCGGCUAGCAUUGUUGCUACAUCGCGCGCAACUCGAGCGGAGAGAGCUGGUCAGAGAAGUUGUGGGUAAUUUGAGCGUGGCAGGUAUGAGCGAGAAGCAAGGCACAUACAAGAAGCUCAUUGCGAAAGCACUGGGCGAGCGCGAGGAAGACGUCGAGUCCAUGCUGCCUGAGAUCCUGCAAGAGCUGGAAGAGGCGGAAACACAGGAAAGGGCUGAGGGACUGGAUGGAAUGAUAACGAGUAUUUACGACCAAGAUAGCGAGCAUUUACCUCUUAAUGCUGCGGCGUGUAUCUCGAAAACAUCCGGCCGCGCUCAUGGGAUUCGUGAUGGUGGUCUCCACACGGCUAAUGCGUGUCAGUUGCUUGUGCAUGCGUGGGGUCAACGACUUUCAGAUGACCUUGCGGUCCCACCCACCUGCCAUUCGGUACUGUCACUCGCUUGCAUUCGUCGCCUUAUGCCUGAGUCCAUUCCGCUGAGGAAGAAGCCUCCGCCGCAUCCUCGUACCCUCGUCCACUCCCUCUCGGAAGACUUCAGCCUCGAGCCCCCAAACAGAAGCACCUCGCCCGUUGUUGCGUCCGGGUCCAAUUCCCGACAGCUUCCACGAACACGCUCUUCGUCGCGACAACAUCGGAAAGCGAACAGCCCGGAUAGCCCAGCCAAUUCAGAAGUCGAGUUUGACGACUGGGAUGAACACGACGCCGCCAUGCCCUCAGAUCUCAGACCCUCCAUCGACGUCAGAGAUGGACGCGCGAAUGCGCCCCUGCUAGGGCGCAAGACCGAGGACGACAGCAUGGAUGACGGCUUGUUGGGGAGGAGCACACAUCACUUCCACGAGCGGGAUCCAGAGCUGCAGGCAAAACACGAGACGCGCAAGAAGUACACCUAUGCCGCUUUCCUGCUUGCCCUGAGCUUGGUCAGCUUCACCGUACAGACAGAGACGGCCGUCUACAUCCAACAUCAGUUGAAGUGGGAGAAGCCAUACUGUAUGCUCUACAUGACCCACGGCUCCUGGGUUGUGCUCUGGCCAGCAACUCUCUUCUUGCUACGUCUCCAGCACUGGAGCGAGCCAUGGCCGACCUUCUGGCGACGACACGUCCAGCUCCUCCGCCAGACCGCCCUCAUGGUCCAGCACCAGAACCUCCACCCAACACCCCGCCAAUCCCAAGUCUCGCCUGUACGAUACAUGCUCAAGAUGACGGCCUUCAUCACAUGCGCCCUUACACUUGCUGGAGGAAGUUGGUACGUGGCUGUGAACCAGACCACAGCCAGUGACCUUACAGCCAUCUACAACUGCUCUGCCUUCUUCGCCUACGCCUUCAGUAUCCCCAUUCUCCACGAGAAGGUCCGCGCCAGCAAGAUCAUCGCCGUAGCUAUCGCUAUUGUGGGCGUCUUCGUCGUCGCAUACGGCGAUACCUCCCCCGCAAAACACGGUUCAAAGUCUGGGGGUGGGGCCGGCGGUGAUAAAGCACCCCCGUCGCAUGAAGCCGAGAAUCGCGCUUUUGGUAACCUCGUCAUUGGCAUCGGAAGUGUCUUGUAUGGUCUCUACGAAGUGCUGUACAAGAGACUUGCGUGUCCACCCGAAGGCGCUGCACCCAACAAGGGCGUUAUUUUCGCAAACCUGUUUGGAAGCUUAAUUGGUGCUUUCACUCUUGGAGUCCUAUGGAUUCCGUUGCCCUUGUUGCAUUACAUGGGCUGGGAGCUGUUUGAGUUGCCGCAUGGAGAGCAGGCGUGGAUGAUGGCUAUCAGUGUCUUGGCUAAUGCUACCUUCUCCGGAGCCUUCCUCGCGCUCAUCUCCCUCACCUCUCCCGUCCUCUCCUCUGUCGCAGCUCUCCUCACCAUCUUCAUUGUCGCGCUCGUCGAUCAGCUUCUCCCUCCGCCGCUCAACUCGCCUCUUACACCUGCUGCUAUCGUUGGCGGUCUUCUUAUUAUUGGGGCGUUCACUUUGUUAUCAUAUGCAUCAUACAAGGAGAUGGAUGAGGAAAGGAGACACAAGCUCGAGGAGGCACCUAGCGAAUUGGAUGAUUAG